UUCACAGACAGUCCGCUGCUCCGUCACGUGGUGAAGGAGGGGCGGGGCUCUGCGGCCGCCGGGGAGGGAGGAGGAGGGGGAGUGGAGUCACGUGACCGUGGUGGGCGACGCCGCCGCCGCCUUGUGAGCACAUUGGGCAGAUUUUCUAUUUUGUACAUACAUUGUUUUGUAUAUACUGUAUAUGAUGACUUCGGUGGGCAGUGAACGUACCCGGGGGACUCGAGAAAAAGCGCAGAUUUCAGCCACGCAGCCAACGCAACCGCAAAAACAGGUAGUACAGGCAACAGCGGAACAAAUUCGGCUUGCCCAGAUGAUCUACGAUAAGAACGAUGCAGACUUUGAGGAUAAAGUGAAACAGCUUAUGGAAGUUACUGGGAAGAACCAGGAUGACUGCAUAGUGGCUCUCCAUGACUGUAAUGGGGAUGUGAACAGAGCAAUCAAUAUCUUGCUGGAAGGAAAUUCAGACACAACUUCGUGGGAGACAGUGGGAGGAAAGAAGAAAAGUCUUGGAAAAGAGAGUUCAGAAAACAAAGAGAACAGAGAGAAGCGAGGGGACAGAGAAAUGAGCCGUGGACGGGGAAGUUCCAGCAGACGAGGAAGAGGGGGCAGCCGUGGUCGAGAGUUUAGAGUAGAGGAGAAUGGAGUGGACAACAAUCCAGGAGACAGGCCUUCUGACCGUGGGAAACGUGGCAGAGGUAGAGGAUUUGGACGUGGCAGAGGAAGAGGAGCAGGGAGGUUUUCAACCCAAGGCAUGGGGACAUUUAACCCAGCAGAUUAUACGGAAUCUUCUGCCACAGAUGGUUUUGGAACAAAGGAGCCUUGGGAGCCUGGGCAGAAUGAUGCUGAUGGAACAGCAGGAACAUGGAAGAAUUCAAUAGAAGAAUGGACAGCAGAAGACUGGAAUGAAGAUCUUUCAGAAACAAAGGUGUUCACUGCUUCAUCUGUUCCAGCUGAGAAUCAUGUUGCACCUGGCCAAAGCAUUGACCUGGUGACGCUGCUUCAGAAGCCUGUGACUUCGAACCAAGAAACGGAGGGAAACUCAUUUGAGGCUUCGCAGCAGCAAGGUUUUGGACAGGCUUUGGUCUUCACAAAUUCCCAACACAAUUCUCAGAUGACCUUGGGGGCUGGCAGCACGAGCACUGUGAAUGCCUAUUCUCCACAGAGCCUGUCUUCAGUUCUCUGUUCUGGGUUCGGAGAACUUGGAUCAUCAAAACUAGCCAACUCCACUGGAUCUCAGAUUUUAGACCAGUUGAAAUCUCCAGGUUUAGGCCAGUUGACCUCACCAGGUUUGCUGAGCACGAGCUCUCCUGUUACCACAACCACUGCAUCAUCCUGGGAUGUAAAACCUUCCAUUUCACAGCCUUCUAUCCUCAGCCAAUUCGACUUCAAGUCCCAGCCUGAGCCAUCUCCUGUUCUCAGCCAGUUGACCCAGCGGCAGCAGCAGCAGCAACCAGCAGCCACUGUCCCACCUCCUGGACUGGAAUCCUUUGCCCCACAGGUAAAAGCCAGAGAGCCAUCGCCGGUAGACAGCUCUACGGCUGUCAGCAAAAUGCUGCACCUCCCCAGCCUGUCUGCGGAUAGCCAGGUGGCGCCUGUCCAUCAUACACAGCAGAAACAGAUCAAGCCGCCGAAACGGAAGAUACCCCCAGCUUCUAAGAUUCCUUCCUCUGCUGUGGAGAUGCCUGGAUCUGCUGAUGUCUCAGGGUUAAAUGUGCAGUUUGGAGCUCUUGAGUUUGGGUUGGAGCCCUCCCUCUCAGAAUUUGGACCUGCUUCAAGCUACGAGCACACCAGCCAGGCACCCAACAACAUCCUGUACCCGAAGCCUGUAAAUGAUCCUUUGAAUACCUCUUUGCCAAUGUCCAAUACAGUACAGGAGUCUACCUACACCACCUCUGCCACCACCUCUGCUGACCUGAGCUGCUCUUCCCAGAGCGCUAGUCCCAUAACAACCACUUCCUCCUAUGACCAGGCCUCUGUACAUAGCAGGGUAACAUACCAAAGUUCCGUGUCUCCAUCGGAACCAGCCGCAGCUGUUGUCACGAAUGGACAUGGCAAUGUUCGAACGCAGCCAGCCCUUGACACUGCUUCAGCAGUUCCAGCAUCUAAGACAGAAACCUCUCCUCCCUUGCUAUCCACCAAAGGCUCUUCCUUGCCUAGCACUACAGCUGCCACUGCUUCACUCCUGCCUUCAGCUCCAUCACACACAGUGGCACUCCCCAGCUUGCCACCAUCCAAUGACUUGGCCAGCAGCUCACUCUCCCAGUUAAGCAGUUCCCUCUCAAAUCAUCAGAGCAACCUCUCUUCUGCCUCAGCACUGUCUUCAUCCACAUCACACACGCACAGUAGUGUUGAGAACUCCGCUGCACUCCAGCCUUCUACAACUUUUCCAGUCGCUUCAACCUCCACCGUUAGCACCGCCUCUUCGGUUCCCAGCAUGGCCUGUAGCAUGGCCAGUGCUACCAACAGCCUUGGCCUGAACGUGACCAGUGUGUGUCUGCCGGCCCCCACCAGCCGGGCAGCUCCCUUAGUGUCUUCAGGCAAAGCACCCCCCAACCUGCCCCAAGGUGUACCGCCCUUGUUACAUAACCAAUACAUUGUGGGACCUGGAGGACUUCUGCCAGCCUACCCACAGAUUUAUGGUUAUGAUGAUCUCCAAAUGCUCCAGUCCCGGCUGCCGAUGGAUUAUUAUGGAAUUACAUUCCCUGCUCCUGCAUCCUUGACGGGCAGAGAGGGGAGCCUGGCUAACAACCCAUACUCAGGUGAUGUAACGAAAUUUGGCCGAGGGGAUUCGGCUUCGCCCGCGCCUGCAACCACCCUGGCCCAGGCACAGCAGAACCAGUCGCAGACGCACCACACCGCUCAGCAGCCCUUCCUCAACCCCACCCUGCCCCCCGGGUACAGCUACACUGGGCUGUCCUAUUAUGCUGGCGUGCCAGGAGUCCCCAGUGCAUUCCAGUAUGGGCCCACCAUGUUUGUCCCUCAAGCAUCUGCCAAGCAGCAUAGUGUUGGCUUAAACACCGCCUCGACGCCCUUCCAGCAGGCAAGCGGCUACGGCCAGCACACCUAUGGAGCAGGCUACGAUGACCUAACGCAGGGGUCGGCAGCUGGAGACUACAGCAAAGGAGGCUACGCUGGGUCCUCUCAAGCACAAAACAAAGCGUCUGGCAGUGGACCAGGAAAGGGUGUUUCUGUGACCUCAACUAACACAGGUGUGCCUGAUAUUAGUGGCUCAGUCUACAACAAGACUCAGACUUUUGACAAGCAGGGAUUCCACGCUGGGACUCCGCCCCCAUUCAGCCUGCCCUCCGCCUUGGGCUCUGCGGGGCCGCUGAAUCCUGGGGCUGCAACUGGCUAUGCCCCAGGCCCGUUCCUCCAUAUCCUGCCUGCCCACCAGCAGCCCCACUCCCAGAUGCUGCACCAUCACCUUCAACAGGAUGGGCCGGGUGGGUCUGGCCAACGCAGUCAGCCGAGCGCCAUGCAGCAAAAGUCUCAGGCCACCAAAACCGCCUACGGAACUUCUCCAUACUGGACAAACUAAGCCCAGACGUGGAAAAAGGGGAGAAGGGAGAGAAAAAUCCCUCGCAGCAGCUGACCCCUGUCCUUGGACUCCCACACCUACCAGGGGAACAUCCACACCAGGAGCCCAGCCCAGAAGCCAGCAGGGGGGAAAUGGCAGCC